CGCCCUUGGCAUUACACGUAUAUCGUCACGAUACGUAUUAGAGAUAGUGUAUCAUUGGUGCCCCAAGCGUAGUCAUGGCAGAUCUUCGUUCUUCAACAGAUACUAGUGAGAUGAAAACAGGUAGGCUUCAGAAGCAGCAAGGAACUAAGCCUCAUCGGCCAGGCCGCACCAUAACCUGUUACUACUGUGGCCUUGUAUUGCAUGAGAAACAUCUGCAAGCACAUAUGAAACAAUGCCCUCUAGUGUUGGAAGGAUGUCCAAACAAGUGUGGGGUCACUGUAGAGAGACAAGAAAUGCAGUAUCACUUGGAUAACAAAUGCAAAAACAAAAAAAGGCCAACAAAUAACUUACCAUCAACAACACAACAAACAGAAAAUCAUGAAGCCAUGACAAAUUUACAACAUAAUUUUGAUUCGGGGCCUGUGAUGCAACAAUACAAAACUCAGCAUCAGGGUUUUGCAGUACCAGAGGAAUGGAACGAGAAGGUAGUAGCUGCACUAAUGGUCAUCAAGAGAGCUUUGUUGAAAGAAGAGAAUGAGCGCUGUCGAGCAGAGGCAGAAUGGAAACUUGAGAUUAAGAAACUUAAUCAACGUAUACACACAGUUCAAGAUAACACUCAGAAAAAUCCAGUGCAACAGGUGAGUGUGGCUCAGUUUUAUGAACUCAGAGAGGAGAGUUUGCUUCUAAAGGAAACAAUUAUGGAAGAACGAAGGGAACGACAUCGUAUUGAACAACAACUUGCUUAUGAAACAGAGAAAUCAAACAUUUUACAUCAGGAGCUAGAAAACUUUAAAGUGGAACUACAAAAAUACAGAAAUGAAAUUGAAAAAUGUAGGAGAGAAGAUGAAGAAAAAAUAAAUAGAUUGUUGCAAGAAGUGGUCCAAGAAAGGCAGCACAGUCUUCGAGCUGAAACAGAACUAAAAAUGGAAGCAGCAAAGCUGGAAGAUCUGUGUUGCACCUUAGAUCAGUCGAGAGAUGAAGACAGACGUGAACGAUAUCAGCUAGAAGAACAACAUGCAGAGCGUGAAGUAAGGUGGAAGGGAGCAGUGGAAGAGCAAAAGAGAGAGGUGGAAAAACUGAAGAUGGUUGUAGAUAAAUACUGUCAUGAUGUGGAUGAGUUUCGUGAAUUUCUUUCUAGAGAAAACAUAAUGAUCAGUGCAAUUUGGGCAGAGCAGCUAGCUGAAAUACAUAAUAUAAGUGACAGAAUUAAUAUUCUCAAUAAAGCAUCAGAGGCUAAGUCCAAAGAAAUUGCACAAAUGAAGCAGCGUGUAAAUGAAUGUGAUGAAGCAAUAACAAAACAAGCCCGAGGCAACAGUGCUCUUGCUGUAGGUGGCAUUAUAUGGAGGAUUUCAGACUUUGAGACCAAGAUGGCGGAUGCAAAGGAGAAUAACACUGUGCUCUGUAGUCCUGUCUUCUACAGUUCACAAUAUGGCUAUAAGCUACGGAUUGAGGUGAGGUUAAAUGGAUUGGGACAGUGGACUGGUCGCCACAUGACAGCCUCUUUGCAAGUUCUGGAGGGCGAAUGGGACCCUUUGCUUCUAUGGCCAUUUAAUCAACGAGUAACCUUGACACUCCGUGACCAGAACACUGCUUUAGACAAGGUGAACAACUUAGUGAAGAAUCUUGUAACAGGUCAAGAGAAGGAAGAUCCAGCAGGAUUACAUGUGUUCAUUCCUCACACAGUACUGCAGCAGCAUAAUUAUGUUCUCAAUAAUACUAUGUUUCUUGAAGUGGAUAUUGGAUAACACUGGUAUAGGAGUACAUUUGUAUGAAUAUAAGGUGGUUCCUGUCUUCUGGAAUGUGAAACUCUGUAGUCUCAUUUCUGCCAGAUUACAUAGUGUUAUUAAAGUUAAGGGAAAACGGCUGCCACCAUCUCCAUUACUCCACUGUUCUGCCCUGAAAAAGGGGUAGAAAGUUCCUUCUGAACAUUGUAACUUUCUACCAGACUAUACAGUGGCACAUACCAGAUGACAGUGAUAUCCACAUUAACUGCCAUGAGAACCUCAAAUUUCAUAAAA